GACAACCUCUGGAAGAGAAUGUAAGCUGUUCCAUCUAUUCCUUUAAUUAUUUUCACGCCAUGCUGCCUGGUCAUGGGCGUUCAUUCUUGAAGAGAUUAGUCUGAAUGCAAUAUAAAAUUUCAACUAUUUUUCAGCAUUACUUCCUAACAUCAGAGCAGUGAACGCUCAAAGAACUUCUCAGUCGUGUUUAUGACAUUAUUUUGUAAUAAUUGAACCCUGGCUACUUUUAGAUUGCGGUUUCUCCUAGAUACACAUCCUAUAACGUAAUAAUUCUUAACAGCCAGGGUCCUUUUUAAAAGACUGGAGGCAAAAGUCAAACUCAGGCAUAUUCACUAAACAUGCAAAACUCGAUGAGGGAAUAAUGAAUGUUAUUCAUAUGUGGCAGUAAACCAAAAUCCUUUUGUUAUGAGGGACCAUUUAGCUAGGACUGUUUUUUCCAACUUUCCAACAUUUUAUUUAGAAUGACUAAUAAAUUAAAGUACUGGUAUACAAAUAUGAACAGCAUUAAAGGGCACUUAAAUGUUUUUUUCUCCACACCUAGCAUCAAACUUUGCAACAAACGUCUGCUUCUGGAGGACCACAAUAAGAUGACCAUACAGGGGUGCACAGCACAUACUGCACAGACGGGAGCCAGGGGCAGGUUUUGUUCUGCUCAGAUACAUAAGUGGCCCAAACCAAACAGGGCAUCUCUCCGUCUUAGCAGGAAUCCAGACUCCAAGCAGCAGCCAUGUAAGAGGAGCUGUCAACAAGCAAAGGGUGCCCAUGUCCAACUGAACGGAACCGUCCCCCUCCUCCCUCCCUCCCACCUGCACCCUCCCUUCUUCCCAUAUGAGGACGAAAAGAUGACUAUCACCAGCCGGCAGUCCUUCAAUGUCCUGACAGUCAUCUUCCUCCUGCUGUCCACUGCAGCUCUCUCAGCUCAUUACCGGGUGUGUGAACCCUACUCCGACCACAAGGGGCGUUACCACUUUGGGUUUCACUGCCCGCGCCUCUCAGACAACAAAACAUAUAUGUUCUGCUGCCAUCACAACAACACUGCCUUCAAAUACUGCUGCAACGAGACUGAGUUCCAGAUGGUCAUGCAGAUCAAUCUCACCACCACCUCAGAUGGAUAUGCACACAAUAAUUAUACAGCCCUGGUUGGUGUGUGGAUCUAUGGAUUCUUCGUCAUGGUACUGCUGGCUCUGGACUUUCUCUACUACUCAGCCAUAAACUAUGAGUUGUGUAGAGUUUACCUGGAGAAAUGGGGUCUGGGAGGACGCUGGCUGAAGAAGGCACGAAGUCAGUGGCAUAAGUCCAUGACAGAGGAGAGCGAAACUCCGGCUCAAGCCCAGCCCAUGGUUCCGAGCUCCAGUUAUCAGCCCCGACACAGCCUCCGAGAAGAGAGUCACAGCCCCACGCUCCAGCCCUACAACACAUCCACUGCAUGAAUGAUGCUGCGAGUGGACAGACUGAUGAGUAGCAACACCUUGUUCCCUUACAAAGUAAAGAGGAGAUGCUCCACAGACAACCCUCUACAACCCCAUCUGGGAUAGCCAUACUACAGUGGUUGGAGGAAACUACAACCCCUGUCAAAUGAGCACAAAACACCAAUGAACUAACAGGACAUGGCAUUUAGAAACCCAGCUGAACAAAGACCAUGAGAAGACACAGGACUAUACUGAUGCUCACACGGCAGAGGAGCAACAGAGAAAUUGAACUGCUCACAGGCUUUCACUGAUCCCCUGAAAAUGGCUGCCAGGUCCUGUAGUAUCCUAAAGAAAUUCAAACUGAACUGGACAAACUGUACUCACAAGCAAGGGGGCUUGUAUGUUUUUAAAAGAAGCUCUUCUUUCUAGUUAUAAAAUGUUCAGUACACUGCUGUGUCAGUUUGUGUUCAGUAGCAGUUAGACACAGUUGUGGGUUAUCUAUUUGGUGAUUUAUUUAUGUGAACUAGUCAGAGAAAUAUGUGAGUGGUUAACAUUCGAAACAGCAUAGGUUGAUGCUGAGCAUCUCACUUAGGUUAGAAUGAAUUUCAUACUUACUAAAACCAGACACAAAUUGUUUAUGCAGCUACACUGCAGACAGUAUCUUGUGUUAAAUAAAGUUAUUUAUCCAUAUUGUUAUAUGUCAAAGACAUAAGAUCAUACAAUUAAACUGCUGUAUAUGUGAAGAUCUCAGAUCAAGCAAAUAAGACUUCUCUCCGAAUCAGUGGUAGUUUGAAAAAGGAAUUUUGCCACUAAAUGGGUUAUUUUACCCCAAAUUAAUAAGGAUCAGGGAUGCCUUCACAGCAGUAAAGCGCAUUAUGCUAAGUUAAACAUAACCUUAACAGUAGCCCAUGAGCCUAUAAACCCUUUUGAGACCAUUACGUAUAAGGUUAGCAUGUGACAGUUGUCUCAGUAACCUCAUUCAAUGACUUUCUUGCCCUUACUCAUUACUAGAGCUGCCUGAAAAACAGCUCCAUUAGCAAUAUGAUGCAAUGAAUAUCCAUUAGGUUACUUUAUAACAAUCAUUCUAUAGCCCACGUUGGUAAUAAGAAUAUUGUGCUUAGCCAUAAAAGAAAAUAAAAAAUGAACCCCCUUCACUGACAGCAAUAAUGUACAGUAGCCUAAUCUGAAGGAGGAAAUUGUAUGUAAGCGUCAGAAAGGCCAGUCGAAUGAGCACUUGGAAAUCACUGAAGUGGAUCAAAGAGGUUUUCACAUAAUAAGAAGGUGAAGUCAAUGAAUGGACAUCCAGUGAGUUUGGCUAAUGAACCUGUAUUGAUAAAGGUCUCCAACCAACUCUGUAUCUGCUUUGUGAGAGUGCAAAGUACAAAUAAUCAUCACGUUUUUUAAGUAAAAUCUAAAAUUUAGUGUUGCAACCCAUUAGUAUGAAAUUAUUAUAUAUUUAAUGGAACAAAAUAUACACAACUAAAGAUUAAGUUCAACAGGAUUAGUCUGCGAAUUAUUUUAUUUGGAAUUUUAAAAACUUUGUGACACCUUCUGACACCUAAAGUAUUUAACCAACAGUGAAAUAUUUAUUUUUCUGGAGACACCAAACAAAGCAAUUGUUUUGACACAUUUGAGUGUAAAUGCCAGGUUGACAUAAGGCAGGUACAAUGGACGAAGGGUAUCUAUCCCAGUCUUGCAUCUUUUACUGAUGAUGUGGGAGUAGCCAAAUCUGUACAUGCACAGAAUUUUUGGCCUGUGUAAACACUGUCACAUCUUCACUAAAAACCGCAUAUUACCUUAUCUUUGAGCUGGCCAUUGGUCCUUUGACUUGACACAGGAAUGCACAGAUAAGCCAACCAUGAAACUUAAUUUACUUAAUUUACCAACCUGUUUAUGCUCUAUGUUCGACAAAGUUUAAGUGGAAUCUAACAGAACUAUAGUCAAGUGCUGUAAAUGGGGCCCACUAAUGUCAUCCUCAGUCCUUAGCAAUAAUAUUCACAUUUGCUGAGUUGUUAGAGCAAGUUAAUUCCCAAUUCGAUGGCUAAAGUUUAAUUGCAUGUGCGCCUCAGUAGGCUCAUGCCAUCCUUUUCAGGGGCAGAGAACUGGAUGUGUUCAAGUGAAAUAAUUGGCCCCAGAGAACUGCAGUGGUUCAAAUUUACACUGUCUUGCUCUCUCUCUGUAGCUGCCUUUCUACUCUAAGGGUGAGAACAGCAGCAGCAAAUAGAGAAGUUUUUAACAGGUGCAGAACCACAAAGGAGAUUUCAUUUUUCUGUAGUAAAGAAUAAGCGGGAAAUUUACAGGAGUCUCAGUUGUGUUAUCUGACCUGUAUUGUGGAAAAGGGGGUCUCCAUACAGGUAUUUUCAUCAUCAAUAAACUAAUAGACACACCAGGGAGGAAAAAUAAAUCCAUUUUGUCUCUGACAAGCAGCAACAGGGUUGAAAAAGAUUUUUAAGAGACAUGCAAGCAAUCCUUUCCCUGUUUCUUAAAAUGUUACAACUUGGUUUUGUGAUGUUUUCUGUUUUGUCAAAAACAGUUGACUCUGACCUGAUGUGGUGUGGUACUGUAAACUUGUAUCAGCUCAACCCUCUUCCCAAAUUAAAAAAAAAUACAAAAAAAAAACAAAGGACGGGGAGAAGGGAGCGCACAUCUGAUUCAGUCUCUCCAGGUUGUCAUGGUAACAGUUGCCUUACAGUUGAAUACCCACCUGUACACAAAAGCUUUGUAGUGGUUGAUACCUUACUUUCAGGGUGUGGUAUUAAAGAUAAUGUUCACACCACGUUCUGUCUAUGUAAUUACUACUAGAUAGGAUGUUCAGUACCAUUUUGAGUUAGAUUGUUAUUGCACUUGUUAAAUUUGUAUUGUCACGACAGGGAGAAAUAAAGUUUUAUCUUUUCCAGUGUGUUUAAA